UAGGCUAAAAACAACAAUAGCCAGCAAAAGAAGUAAAAAGGAAAUAAAUUAAAAAAAAUUAAAAUAGUAAAGUAACUCGAAAUGCCAAUGCCAUUACAAAAACAAACCAUUAAUAACAAAUAAAUUUAUAAAAAUAAAAAGUAUGCAUCUUUUAACCAUAUUGAGGGUGUCCUGUUGUAGUUAAUUGGAAUGUGUGUUCAUGGACAUAAUAGGAAAAGUUUGCAGCUUGAAUCAUUAUAAGACUGAAGACUGAUAGGAGAAGGUGACUAAAAUCCAGCUCCAAGCUAUAUUUCCACAUUUACGUUUGUGUUUGGCUUUUUGGUGCAAUAACGAAUAACUGGAAAGAAAUUUUAAUAUGCGUUGGACAGUUCAUUUAGAAGGAGGGCCUCGACGCGUUAAUCAUGCUGCCGUAUGUGUGGGAGAAUAUAUAUUUUCUUUUGGCGGCUACUGCACAGGGGAUGAUUAUCGAUUCAGUGAAAGUAUUGAUGUUCACGUCUUAAACAUUCAAACACUUAGAUGGACUUUAUUACCACAAAGAAGAGACGAAAAUGGUACCAUAUUAAAAUACCCCGAAGUACCAUUUCAGAGAUAUGGACACACAGCGGUAGCGCAUAAAGAUAAAAUCUAUAUAUGGGGCGGUCGAAAUGAUGAAAGCCUUUGCAAUGUCUUAUAUUGCUUCGAUCCUAAAACGUUGAGUUGGUCAAGGCCUCCAGUAAUUGGGGCAAUACCAGGAGCUCGUGAUGGACAUUCAGCAUGCGUAAUCGACAAUUGUAUGUACAUAUUUGGAGGUUUUGUUGAGGAAAUAAAUGAAUUUUCUUGCGAUGUCCACGCUUUAAAUUUUAACACAAUGGAAUGGCGAUAUAUCCAAACUUUUGGUGUAGCUCCUUCUUUUCGAGACUUUCAUACAGCUGAACAUAUUCACGGACGCAUGUAUAUAUUUGGUGGGCGUGGUGAUAAGCACAGUCCAUACCACAGUCAAGAGGAAAUAUAUUGUCCUGAAAUUGUUUAUCUUGACCUAAAGACAAAGGUUUGGCAUCGACCAUCUACAACUGGAAAGGUACCCGUGGGCAGAAGGAGUCAUUCUAUGUGUAAGCAUAUAUACAUACAUAUGUGUCAUACCCACCAUGAGAGAUUAAAUUUUUCUUGCAUCAAUCUUCCUACAGUUAUUUACAAUAACCUAAUAUAUGUUUUUGGCGGCUAUAAUGGUCUCUUGGACCAGCAUUUUAAUGAUUUAUAUACGUUCGAUCCAAAAGCUAAUUGCUGGAAUCUUGUUAAACCACACGGCAAACCUCCAACACCCCGCCGACGUCAAGUUGGCAUAGUAAAAAACCAACGUUUAUUUCUAUUUGGCGGAACUAGUCCUUACCCUCAUGCUACUGCUCAGGAACAACAAGCAUUUCUUAUUGAUAACAACGAUACAAAUGUAUUAGAUUUUGAGCCAUCGUUAAAAACCUUAUCAAUUUUGGCAGUAGUAGAACAUCGUAUUGAUACCACAUGGUUGCCCAGAGAACUAAGACUGGAAAUUAAAGCCAUGACACAACCAAACUCUAUAAGUCGACCUAUAAAUCAUGCCGGUUGAAUACAAAAGAAACGAAUUCACGAACAGAGUGAUCACAAACAUCUUUUUAUAAUGUUACACAAACACACAAAUUUAAUAUGGCAUUUAGAGGAGAACUCUGAAAUCAAUAGGAUAUUUUUUUGGCUUUACGUUGUACAAAAAGUAUUAACUUGUAAAAGCGCAUAUAAUUAAGAAAGAAAGUUGAACGAGUGCACUGUCUAUAAAAGUAUAUUAUGUAUUUUCGUCAUCACAUUUUGCCAAUAUUUGAUUUAAAAUCUUUAUUUAGAUUUUGUUCCAUUUUAUUUUACUUUGGUUGGCAUACACUUGUCUCCUCGAAAAUGUGUGCAAUUUGAAAAAAAAACAUUAAUCGCAACACAGCGUGCUGGACAUUCUUUAAAUUGCUUACCUGCUGCUCUGCCAACAAUGUAAAUGUUUACUCAGUGUCUACUUACAAAAGAAAGAAUGCUUUAGAGGAAUGCGGCACUUUAAUCAAGUAACUUGACCUUUUGUAAGUGUAUUGUAACCAGGGUUUGAAUUACUGACUUCAAAAUAGUAACAGCACAGAAGAAUUAAUUUUGUUUGAACUUUUUUCAGUCAAAAAAAAAAAAGCCAACUGAUUACUAAGGCUCUGACUAUGAAAAAUAAACAAGCAACAGCAAAAGCCAAAAAGAAAAACAGAAGAACUUAACUUCUUAAGCAAACAAUUAAAGCAAGCAAAACUACAUGAAUCGGGUUGAAUUGCUUAACUGUCAGCAUUUAAGUAAUAUACAGUAUAUAUCAAAUCACGUAAAAUUCUAACAUGUUUGUCCGUAGGUAGUAAUUAUGCCACAGCCUUUAAAAAUGAUAAUGUUGGUCUGACAUUUUGCACAUACCCAUAUUUUUGUUGUACGCAGAUUAAGUUCUUGAACGGCCAAAUCGGACAUAUCGGGUAUAUAAACCGAUAUUCCGAUGUUGGGGCUUAAGCCCACAAAAUGCGCCUUUGUUACCCGAUUUUGCUGAAAUUUGUGUAAGACCUCUCGAUGUAGGUGCCUGAUAUUGAAAUAAAUGUAAGCAAGACAUGAUUAAUGCACUUUAGCACGUUUUAAACGUUUUUGCUUUUAGUGUUUUCUGUGUAUUUGCUGAACUAUGCAAGUCGAGAAAAGAGCAAGUUUAAAGCAAGAAAAAUUUACUAAACCUGAAUACUGACAGUUAAGAAGUUCAUAUUGAUUCAUAUUGCUUGACUGGCUUUGAAUGCUUGGACUGUUUGUUUACGAAGUCAAGUUAAAUAGUUCCUUUUUUUAAUUGCUUUAGCUGUUGCUUGUUUAGUUUUCAUAGUCACAGUUAAAGCAAAAAGUCAAGCAUUGAAAAUUGUCAAGCAAUUCAAACCCUGACUGUAAUCUCUUGUUUAAGUUAAGAAAGACUAGUUUUUGUAUAUUUUGAGUUUGCAAAACAAAAAAAGUAUUUUAGAAAAUUUAAAUUGUGUUAUUAGUUAUUAUUUGUUUUGUAAUUAAUGAUACAAUAUAUAAUAUGAGUUCAAUUGGAAA